AUGAACCGCCUCUUCCUCUCUCUCGCUUCCCUAUUCGCUCUUCCGAUCGGUGUGCUGCUGGCCGACGGAACCGGGUGUCAGAUCUAUAACGGUAGGCUCAGCGCGUGUACAAAGUGCCUAUUCGAUUCCAGAGUGCGGCUGCAUCCAUCGUGGCAUUUUCGACAGUGCGUGGCUGAACGCCACGUGGCCCAGCGUGGCGCAAACUUUCAAAAACGUGACAUUCUCCGCGCCGAACGUCACCUAUCCGAGCUGUUCGGCGAUCGUCGCCACGUGUCCGUCGGGCUCCGUCAUGUCGAGCAUCGACGCGAGCGGAAAGUUGACGACGAACAAGGCCUACGUGAGAGAGAGAGAGAGAGAGUCGGAUAAGACUUGCGAAUGAAUAACUAAUGUUUCAGUUGCCCAACCCGUCGAUCAUCGACAAUAUCGUCUGUGAUGCGGCGCAACACGUGUGGUACACCGCCGGCUACUCGGAGGAACUCGACACCAACCUCAAGUCGUCGAACCUCUCGUGCGCCACGCCCCUCUGA